UAAAAAAUAAAAAGAGGGAGAUGUUGUAGAUUUAAUCUUUUCUUAAAUCUAAGUUACCCAAAAAUCGUUUGAAAAUGAAUCAUAAUUUAGAAAAAUCCAUUCUUUCUAAAAUUUUAAUCGUUGGAAGUGGAUUGACGGGAAGUGUGACUGCAAGUCUUGUGAAACAUGAAGCUUCUGCCGAUAUCACUAUAUGGGAAAAAGAAGAAUAUAUUGGUGGACGUUUCCACACAUUUCAUAGUCCUUUAGCUGCUGAAUGCUCUGUUGAUCUGGGUGCACAAUACAUCAGUGCAACAUUAGAAUUUAUAAGAAGUCAUGCCAGAUUUUAUGAUGAACUGUUGGACAAAGAUAAAUUGGUUCCUUUGGGUGAAAAAAUCCAAAAUUUCAGAAGAUUGUCUGAAUCAAAGACGAACUUCACUGCUCCUGGGGGUUCAGAGUCUCUAGUGCAGCACUUUCUUGAAAAAUCUGAUGCAACAGUUUGUUUAAAGCAUGAAGUUGUAGAAAUCAAUCUUAAAGAAGAACCAAAACUGUGGGAAGUAAAAGCUUCUAAUGGUGUUGUAAAAAAUUUUGAUGUUGUAAUACUCACCAUACCUGUUCCACAAGUGCUAAAACUUGGUGGCAAUUUCUUAAA